AUGCUGCUCAAGUCAAUCUUGGCACUCCCAACCUUGCUCGGUGAUCUUCUGUUAUGGGGGUAUUCGCUUAGAGUGCCCGAGCAGCAAACUCUCCAAGUCCAUCAGUCGCCAAAGCGCGUAGCUGUCAUAGGUGCCGGAACCGCAGGUCUCUCGUUCCUCAAAGUCGUCAAAGACUAUAAAGCAGGGUAUAAUCUCGACUGGGACGUCGUCCUGUUCGAGAAACGUCACGAUGUGGGCGGCAUAUGGCUUAAACAAGAGGAAAAACCUGGACCUGAGAAGGCUUCCUCAGGCUGUCUACCGGAGACUCCGCUUUACCCUGGGGUUUAUACGAGUACGCCACAUCCUUAUAAUACCCUUCCUGGCAUCCCCUUCCCGGCCAAGCUCGACUUGUAUCCGCCGGCGGAGGAGAUGUACAAGUACCACAAAAACCUCUUCGAGAACGAGCUCAAAGAUGACUUUGAACAAAAAGUCAAGUGGCAGCAUGAGGUCACCAAGGCUCGCUGGGUCGGUACCGCUGAGAGUGGUCAAUGGGAACUGACUAUCCAAAAGCCGAAAAGCGGCGAAUCGGCGCAACGGUUUAAUCGUUCUUCGUUCUCUGCUGCGUGUACCCCGGAGUCCGAAAAGGAGACGAUACAAGAGAAAUUUGAUCAUCUCAUUGUCGCCGUCGGUCAAGCUGCGUACCCUCGAAAAGCUAAAUUCAGGGGAGAGGACGAGUGGCUUUCCAAAAACGAUGAAAAGUUGAAGCUUCCGAGGGAGAUACGACAUUCGAUCUACUACAUGGGCCCAGAACCUUACGCUGGUCGCACCGUUCUUAUCGCCGGGUCUGGUGGUGGUGGUGAGGAUAUUGCACGGGACGUUAACAAAAGCGCUAAAAAGGUAUACAUUGCACGAUCGUCAACGAACCAGUGCCCGCUUAAUGGUGAUCCUAUCUCAGUGGGUCGAUUAUCAUACUUCAAGGAGGAUGCCAUCUGCUUCGUGGACAGUGAGGGGGCAACCAAAUGUGAGGAAGACAUCGAUAGCGUCAUUCUCGCAACUGGAUACGAAACGAAAAUCCCCUUCCUCACAAAAGGAGGUGCACUUGCCGAGCAUUCAGAUAGAAGGUCAUGCAACACCGAAUAUAUCGAUGAUCAGAAGCUCUCGACCAACGGUAACGGAAUACACCCUCUUUACAAACAUACUAUGAGUUUAAGCUCCGACUUUCCUCCUGACUCCCUUUUCAUCCUUGGGCUACCAAGAGAUUUCCCACCUGCACUCUUAGCCGUUGCCCAAUCAAUCUUCGCCACUCGAGUGAUCAAGGACGGAUCUUUCGUGAACAGAGACGCGCUCUUCCGGGAAUUGGCGUGUGAAGAGACACGUCAAUGUAGUCAGUGCCCCCGUGAUCCAAGGAAGCGGUGCAAGUAUGAUCCAUUCCAGCGGGGACAUCGACUCGUCGAGGUUGCGGAGCGAGACGAAUCGAACAUCCUCAUGAACGGUCUGGUAGAUUUCCUCAAGCAGAAAUGUGCGACCGAGUUGCCAUCAUUGCCCGGGACCGGAGAUCGGUUCGUCGAUGAUCGGAGGCUUAGAGUGAAUCGUAGGAGUGUGAUUCCAAGGAUCAAAUGCUACUGGGACAACCUUGAGGAAGAAGAGAGGAAGAAGCUUCUUGAGCGAAGGGCGAACGAGGCUGAUUGGUUUGAACUAGUUAAUGGUUUGAUAACCCUUUCCGAUCCGACGAUUCAGUGCAAAAAAGCAACGGGGGGCAUCCAGGAUGUUUAG